GUACUCUUGUGGUAGUCCUCCAUUUCUUACAAGUACUGUGAUUACAACAUGCCUGAACUAACGGCUUCCAAUCCUGAAGAAGGCAAGCUACUCCACGCUGAAAGCUCUGUUCCUGCAGCACCUGCUAGUGCACAGGUCCAGCAGCCUGUAGCUGGGGAGGUACCAGAGCAGACAUACAAGACUGCUGAGCUGCUGAAACGCUGGCCAGCAAUAGUAAUUGCUUUCCAGAAAAGCAGAGAUGCGUAUUGCUCUGUAAAGCAAAAGGCCCGCAUCAUCACCUGCUCACUUAACUUGGCUGAAAAAGUGGUUGGCUCGGUUUUCAAAUUUGCAGAAAGCAAAGUGAGUAGCUUGGUGCCAGUUAUUCAGAACAUAGACAAAGCAGUCAGCGAAGGCGUGGUAGUAAUAGAGAAGAAAUUUCCUGCAGUGAGGGAGUCACCGGAAAAGCUGUACAGUGCUAUCACGCAACAAAUAAUAAAAAUUAUCCGUCCAGCGCUGGAUAAAACUGAAGCUAUAAGCGAAAUAGGCAGGAAGAAACUUAACAGGGCUGGUAAAAUAAUAAUGAAAAAAUAUAACAACGUGAUCACGAUUGUGGACAGCUGGAUAGACAAACUGGAGAAAAAAUUGAAUGUGGCAGCGCCUGGUGUGCAGACGGCUACCGCCGAGGCGUCUUCAGUGUUGGUGGCUCCAGAUGAGACCACCAUCCCCACGGCCGGCCCCGCCCUGGAGCCCCCGGCGGGUCGGGUGCGACAGGCGCUGACACUGUGCAGGCGUGCGGCCACGGCGCUGGCGGUCUUCCAAGUGGGCGCAGCUUUCUACCUGCUGCCUCGUGCACCGCUCGUGGGCCGUUUCUUCAGAGAGAUGGAGGCGCCCGCAUCUUCGUCCUCCAGCGGCGCGUCAUUCGCCAGGCUCCCUACGCCAACGCCUUCGGAGGAGCGACCGCUGUCCAGGCCUCUAUCCAUGCACUCGCUGCACCCGGAGCAAUUUAUUUCCCUGCCGCAAGAGUGACCAUCAGACGUCUUUCCGUAACUCGAAUCUUCAAUUCCUUCAGCUACUCUACUUAACUGUUUCAAGAGUUAACUAUCGGUGAAAAUAAAAAAAAAAUAUUCGUACUUGGAUGCAUUACUCUUCAUCUACAUUAUGCCACCAUGUUCCCAAAGUUUCGUAUAACAAGUGUUGAAAGCUAAGGGUUGUGAUAAGGGCAAAAAUAGUAUUGCCUCCUCCGUAGAGGAGGCUUGCCUUUAGCAGCAACAUUUAGCUAGGUUAAGCUACAAAGUUAGGGGCCACUCAGAAAUGUGACACGAAUUUGGUGCUGGAAGCUCCUCUUAGUUAGUCAUACUCUCUCCUUGUCUAACGCAGCACGUUUUGCAGUUUUAAAUCUAAAAAGUAAAUGAAAAUACUGCUUCCAAAA